GUUACGGUGUUUGCACAUAUUACCAGGAGUCUUUGUAUUUUGUUGCCGAUGUUUAAUAGGUUUGGAACUCGUGUUAAUUUCGAUUGUUUUUUCGAUGCCAUGUUAUGUAGACGUUAUCAAAGAGUUAGUUUUGGUUCAUCCUAACGCUUGGCGAGAAUGGCCGCAUCUGCUUCUGAGAUCGAGGACUUCUUAAGCGGACCACUUGUUUCGUGGCUAAAAUCAUGCCUGCCAGAACCUGCCAGUAUCAAGGAAUACUCCUCUCUCUUCAAUGGAGAUAUCCUACACCAUAUCUACCUCCAGAUUGACCCAGAACCUUCAUUUCACAUAACAAAGCUAACAGGACUUGAAGACCAGGCACUUAUUUUAGGGAGAGUAAAAAAUUUUGAUGCAAUAGUUAAAAAUGUAAAGGCUUUGUUCGAUGAAGAACUAGGAAUGACAUUGUUAGUUGUGCCAGAAUGCAUAUGUUUAGGUAAAGCACCAGAAACCAGGGAAGGUCUGGAGAAUAUGAAACUGUUGUCUUUGUUGCUACUUGGUGCAGCAGUCCAGUGUCCAAAUAAAGAAAUUUUCAUCACAAGAAUUAAAGAAUUAGAUGUAGACUUGCAGCACAACAUUGUGGAAUGUAUAAAACAGGUGACAGAUAUGCAAACAGUGGUAUUGACACCAGACGCAAUAGACCUUUUCCAAUCACCGACAAUGUUCAAUCACAUGAGAAGACUGGCAAAGGAGCGAGACCACUAUUUACAAAACUGGGCUUCACUCGUCCUGAAUGAAGGUUUAUGCGAAAAUGAAAACGAUAAUAAGAACGGAAAAAGUCGAUCCACCCAAAAUGUCAAUCAGAAUAACGGAGAAACUCAACAUCUUGCCGUUGAACUAGCAGAUUGGAAAGCAAGGUUACGGAAACAGAGACAGGAGCUUGAGGAAAAAUCCGAACAAUUGUCGGAGUGUCGCGAGGAAUUGGAACACACUAAGCUGACUCUGGCGAAGUUACGUGCGGACAGUCAAGAGUGGUUUAAUGAAGCGAGGAAGGCGGCGGGAUACCGAGACGAAGUUGACGCCUUGAGGGAGAAGGCAGAGAGAUGUGAUAGGUUGGAACAGGAGAUACAACGAUAUCGCGAUCGUUUAUCUGAUGCUGAAUAUUAUAAGACAAGAGUCACAGAAUUAAGGGAGGACAAUAAAGCUUUAAUGGAAACAAGGGAUGCGUUGGAAGAACAGUUACAAAGGGCCAGAAAAAGGGCAGAGCAAUGUCUGUCUCUAGAAGCAGCCAUGAUUAAGUUAAAAAGAGAGGCGAAUGAUAUAGCACUGGAAAGAGAUGCGGAUCAACAAAAAAUUCAAGAACUAAUUGAGGAAAAUAAUCAUUUGCAAUACAUAACGAGGUCUGUUUUGAGUGAAAGCAACAACAGCAACUUAGAUACAGAUAAUGAAUGUGAAAAUACUCUGGAAUCAGGCGAAAAUAGUUUGUCUGAGCAACUGACCAGUAAUGCGCAAGCGAGAGCCUUAAAACUCGAAUUAGAAAAUAAGAGACUUCUCUCGACAAUUGACAGUCUUCGAGAACAAUCGUUAUUAGAAAGUAGCGAUAAAGUAUUAGAGUUAGAAAAGGAAAAGAAACGAUUAACACUUAAAUGUGAACAGUUACAAGAAAACUGUAACAGGCUCAAGCUACAGAAUUCUGAAUUAGAAGAGGUAUUCAAAAAUGCAUUAGAAGAAAAUAGAAAGCUACAAGACUCGUUGGAUAAUCAAAAAACUUUCAUAGAUAGGCAAUCGAUUGACAGGGAUUCGGAAAAAAAUAAGUUACAAGAUUUCGAAAGACAUUUAGAGUCUUUGACUAAAGACAAACAGAGGAUACAAAUGUUGUGCGAUUCGAUACAAAGACGAGCAGACGACCUCGAGAAGACUCUAGAUUCGAGAACAAAAGAGUUGAACAUAGUGAAACCUGAAGCCGAGAAAGUAACACGUUUCAUUAUACAAACGGAAGAGCUUAAAACGAAACUAACGUACAGUGAAAAAGAAACUCACAACUUACAAAGAGAAGUUACUAAGUUAAAAGAAGCGGUAGAAGAAAAAGACGUGACAUUAGAUACUAUAGGCACUGAAAUAGAACUUAAAAACAAAGAAAUCGAAAGAUUAAUUAGACAGAUAGAUAUUAAUCAGUCGCUAACGAGCAGGCUCCAAGACUUGGAGCAAAAGACGCAAGAGCUAAAGUCAAAUAAGAAAGUCGACACGGAAACUAUACAAACCCUCCAAAAGGAUUUAAUAAUGGAAAAAGUUAAUUUUGAUAAAUUGAGAAAUUGUAUGGAUAAAUUGGGAAUAAAUACAUCGGAAUUGAUAUCAAAGGAUGUGAGCAUUGAAGAAUUGUUAGAAAAAAUUAUAACUAACGUUGAUCAUGAAGCGUUGAUAUCAGAUAUUACCGCAAAGGCGAACUUCUUUAACUUAGUUCCAUGUAACUGCAACAAUAAGGGAAAAACUGACGAUGAUGAAAACGUCGUUAACCCUCAAAUUGAACAAUUAACAGCCGAUUUAGCGACGUUACAAGUUUCUUUAGAAAAUUGUCAAGCAGAGAAUGCUAAGCUACAAGUAAACGUAGCCACGCUUAAUUCUCAGAAUGGUUCUCUUAUUUCGCAACAAAUGACAUUACAACUUGCCAACAGUCAACUGGCUGCAGAAAAAGAGGAAAUAAUUAAACAACUUGAGGUUUUGAAAGAUAAACAAGACAACCUACUGCGCGAUCAAGUAGCUUUGCAGACUCUGCAUGAACAAUUAAACACGGAAUAUGAAACUCUGCUCAGCGAGAAGGAGCCCGUGAAGGCUGUCAUUCGAGAUUUGAAAAUCGAAAACAGAGAAUUGAAAGAAAAGUUAACCAACUGUGAAAAAAAGAUAACAGACCUAGAAUUGGAACGAGAGAACUUGAAAAUAGAAUCUCGAAAUCUAACAAAUCUAAGGGCCGAACAUUCUAAGCUAAAAGAGGAUUUCAGAAAUCUAUUUACUGCCAGUGAUAGGUUAAAGAAUGAGUAUAGAAAUAUGCAAGAAGAGUACAGAAACAUUAGAAGUGAAGUGGCACAAUUAAAAUUAAGAAACACAGAAAUAUCUGGUGAAAUCAACACAAAAUCGGAAGUUAUUACUAGUAUGGAGCUAGAAAUCAGUAAAACAAAUCAACAUUGCGAAAUGUUAAUUCAGAUGAACAAGAGCUUAGAUGCCGAUAGAAGAUCGUUAAUGGAUCACGUGUCCCAACUUCUCACGCAAUAUCAUGAAUUAUUAGCACAUUCCCUUAAAGAUAAACAACAUUAUCACGAGGAGGAAAAGAUGUUCGCUGACAGGGUAAACGCUUUAUGCCGACAAAAGGAAAAAUUGGAAGAGAAAAUCAUGGAACAUUAUAAAAAACUUGACAAUUGCACGACAAAACGACGAGGGUUUGGUGCGUCAUUUGUAAAAAGAGUACGAAAGGCUGGAACGGAUUUAAUCAACAAAGUACCUUCUCGAAGCAAUAAAAGGAUAGAAGAUGCGAAUCGUUCCAAAUCACAGUUGACAUUAGCAGGAUCAGAAUCUGGCGAAUCAGAUCCAGGUAGUCAAGAUUUGGAGAAAUUAUCAAAAAUUUCUGACCAAGAUCAAGGAUCUUCUAAUCCAAGCGUCGAAUCACCUAGACACAGCUCAGACUCAAGCUUUAGACGUUUCGACGAUAGUUUGCUAAAGAAGUCUGAUAAUAUGGAAAUGUCAGGUUCGAUUCACAGUCUUGACCCGAUGAGAAUGGCUGGUGAGAGUAAUUUCGUUCGAAGAUUAUCUGCAGCUUCAAUCCAUAGUGGCGGUGGGGACGAUGCUUUGAUUCGAGCAUCGCUCAGAAGGCGACCGCAUAAAACCGUUCCACCCUCGCAUCGAAACAGUUAUCAAGGCGUAGAGGGUGAAUCGAGCUUGCCAGCAGCGUCGACUCCUUCACCUGUAUUCGGUACAGCUGGAACACGCCGAACCGUAUAUUUAGCUGACGACAACCAGGACGUAAACAUAAACAGUAAGCCACAGAGUACACCUGUUAAAGAAAAUCCAACUUACUUGGUUUACAAUAGAAUUUCAACCGUUAUCGGCGACGGGGCGUGUCAGAGUAACAGUGACAGGUCGAUGGAGCACAGACCCGUGACCGAGCAACCGCGCUCCGUGGACGAGAAUACACCGGAUAGAGAAGAUUCGCGAAACGACAAACGUACGGUCAGUCGUAACGAGAAAACUGAUAACUCAAAGGAAACUGCCAUUUGGUACGAGUAUGGAUGUGUGUAAUGUUUUACUAUACACCGUAAAAGACAAAAUAAUUUGGUUAUGUAAUGGAUUGGAUAGACUGAUGGUGGCCUUCAGUGUGAAAAUAUUGUGAUGGUAUGCAAAAAAUUGGCCUUACUACAUUUAAAAUGUAUCUUAAUGAUUGUAAAGAAAAAAACAGUAUUAAUUCGGCAUUUAUUUUAUACAAUUCAACGAUCUAUAAUUUUAUGGUAGUUAUUUUUUUAUAUUUUACAAUUUGUACCAUAUGUUUAUUGCGAAGAAAUAUGUUUGAGGCUAACCUUUAUCUUUAAUCGUUAUACGAAUACGUAAAAUAUAGUAAAUAUGGAUAAUGUGACUUUAUAUGCAGUCUGUGUGACUUGAUAUGAUAUUGAAGAUUACCUUGCCAGUGGUCUGUGAAUUAGUAGUAAUUAAAUGCAGCCUCUUCCAUAUAUUUAAACUUAUUACUCAUUUUAGUUAUUUCUACAGAUUUAUUAAUCUAAGCAUAAUUUGUGAUUUAUUCAGGUGACAUUUUUUUUAAUAUGUCUAAUAUGCACACAUUAAUUAAGUUAAGGUUUAAUUUCUAUGCUAUUUUAUUUAAUAAUAAAAGACAAUAAAUAUCUGUCCCAGUGUACCUAAAAGUAUAUGUAUUCAUUAUAAUUAUGCUGUUUCUAAUGAAAUUCAAUGUUUUUAAUUUACUUACAUAAUAUUAUGAUAUAUUGUAAGAAAGUAAUAAUGCAUUUAUUCUGCACACUUGCAGUAGGAACUUUUAUCACGAAAUAUAUUAAUUAUAUUAGUAUCAGCAUUGACUGUUAACAAUAAAACAUGAAUGAUAUAGGCCUAUAAUCAUAUUUUAGUACAAAAUAUUAUAAUCGUUUUAAAUGAGUACAUAUAGUGUUACUAAGUUAAAAAUCAAAUACAGAUUAGACAAUCAAUUUAAUUUUUACAACUGACAAUUUUUUUUUGGAUAUUUUUAAAAUCCAUCUGAUUAUAUAAGUCUGUGUUUGUGUUGUGUGUCAUUAUAGUACGUUUAUUUUUCUAAAGAGAUUAAGCAUUAUAUUCAUAGACUGAUAACAGUAAUAUUAGUUAAAUAUUCCGUUAUUUUCAUGUAUUUUUCUAGAUCUUAAUUAAAUUGAACGAUGAUUUACAUUAUAUAAAACAAUGGACAACAUCACAAUACUCUGUUUUUAAAUGUUUUACAUUAGAUAGCGCCUUCAUUUUCAAGAUUAGUAUUGGUACUACCAUAUGGUGCUCCGCUUUACUUAUACUUAGCAAAUCUUGCUAUACAUUUAUAUAAUUAAAUGAAGUUUUAAAUCAAUUUGUAUUAUAUAGUCAUGUACUUAAUAAUCGACUCUCACCGAAUUACGUAUCUUAGCACACUUCUUUCUAAUAAAACAUCGAAAUAUUU